AUGCCAAUCUCCCUUCUCUCUUUGGCCCGUGGCAACCGUCUCGUCGGUAUGGGCAAGGUGGUUGACCUCAAUGAUGGUGAAUAUCUGGGCGCAAACAUGCACGAAUUCUUGAUAUACCCUUGGAAGAUGAUCGACUACUGGCUAUAUCUGACCCACGCCGUCGAGCGUGGCCGCACCAGUGAGGCUCGUCUGGACGGAGCCCACCUUCUCACCACUAACGGAUUCUUUCAGAUCGAUUUUGAUGAAUUACGCAGCCUGAGAACGGUGCCCGGUUCUAACAAUAUUGUAUUUACCGCCCUGCCUGUGCCCUCCAGUGGGCUGCCCGGUAGGAAGAUUGUCCUCGGCUUCGAUCUGACGUCCCGCCAUCUCCAGGGUCGCCUCGUCGACUAUGCACCUGAGCGGUUUGCCGAUCUUGGGCAAAUGUGGAGCCGAAGCGAGCUAAUCAUCGAUAUUCAGGCAGAUCGGUUCCCGGAUAUCCUGGAGUACACUCUGAAUGGCCACCUCGAUAUUCUUCGUGUCGGUAUGAUUGGAUACUUCCAGAAGUCUACCCGCGAGCUCCACUCGGCCCUCGAUCUAGUGAUUGCCAUACAGUUCGGCCAGUUCCUUCGCGAUUUUGCGGAACUACUAGGCGGGGACAAGGCCCACUUCACUAAAUUCUACCAGCCGUAUGAUGAGCAAAUGCGCGACCUGCUACAAAAGGCCUCCACCAAGGCUUGGUUUGGUGCGAGGGACGGGCUCAGCAUUGGGCAGUAUCGUCUGGGCGAAAUGGACGAGUUUGUUUCGUUCGACUUGUUCGAUGAGCCCUCCGAUGUUCCCCGCACGCAAGCCCCAAAGCCAGUUCACCUGAAGCGUCCUGAACAGUCUCAGCUGCUGACACGGUCUUUGCACAUUACAGAGCCUACAGAGCCUAAAAAUGCUCUCCCAGAUCUCCCUGCGCAAGUCAUGCGCUCGUUCACCGCUCCCUCCACGGCGAUUCCGGCCAUGGUUCUCGUCAUGAUUUGUGCCCUGAUCGCGGCAGAUUAA